GUUAGCUGGAAGGUCUCUCACUAUCCCCACACUGAGCGUGCUCUCAGGUCCUGCUUCGUCGCUGACACCCCAGAACCGGCGGAUUCUCCCCAGGGAGCGGUCACACAGCGGAGGGGUUUGCCAGGAGGAGAAUGACCCUUGGGAAAAUUCGUUGACACUUUGCAAUUCUUUAAAAUUGUGGAAUACAGCAGUUUUAUCUCAGGGUCUUCUGUUUGGUGCUUUGGUAGAAAGAUGAGGAAGCGGUGGUGCUUGUCGUUUUGCGCCCUUCUUUGCAUGGUGCUCUCAGGCCUGGUCCCCAACACCCAUGCUCAGGAUGAUGGCAGACCAGCGCUGGCUGCAGAUAUAUACUUUCUAGUGGACUCAUCCUGGAGCAUUGGACAAGAGAAUUUUCAGUACGUCAGACAGUUUCUGUUGAGUACGGUAAAGACACUGAGCGAGUGGAGCGAUGGGUUCCGCUUCGCCCUGGUGCAGUACAGCGGCUUCCCCAAAACGGAGUUCCGGUUAAACACAUACCAGGCCCCGCAGGACGUCCUGGCCCACAUUAGGAGCCUGGCGUACCGGGGGGGAGGCACUCGCACUGGGCUGGGCCUGGAUUUCCUGAUAAAGAACCACCUGACGGCGGCGGCCGGCAGCCGGGCCGCAGAAGGGGUCCCGCAGGCGGUGGUGGUCCUGACGGACGGGCUCUCCCAGGACGACGUGGCCCCGCCGUCUUCCGUGCUCAAAAUGGCCGGCGUGGACGUGUUCGCGGUCGGGGUGAAGGACGCGGCAGUGUGGGAGCUCAGGGAGAUGGCUAGCGAGCCCACGGACACGCACGUGUACAACGUAGUCGGUUUUACCGCCUUGUCGAACAUAGUCCAGGACUUAGUGGUCAAUUUGGGCAUGGCCGCCGGUUAUCCAGCGGCAGCCGAGGCUGCUGGGAUAAUACAAGAUGUGACAGCACAAGAGUCCGCUGACCUUGUAUUCUUAAUUGACGGAUCAGAGAACGUUGGGGAAGCCAACUUCCCCCAAGUCCGGGAUUUGGCGCUCAGCGUCGUUGAGAGGCUUGACGUGAGAACGGACGGCGUCCGUGUGGCCGUCAUUCUUUAUAGCGCAGACCCUGAGAUUCAGUUCUAUCUUAAUAGUUAUGACAGCAAAGCAGCUGUCAUGGACGCCAUCAAGGAGCUUAGCUUCACGGGCGGAACAGAGGUCAACUUGGGUGCGGCUCUCCAGGAGGUCGCCGAUACCCUCCUGGCGCCCGAAGCGGGGGGCAGGGCAGAAGAAGGGGUUCCGCAAGCCGUCGUGGUAAUCAGCGCUGGGACGUCCAGCGACGAUUUCAGUUCCGGUGACAGGGCCCUAAAGCAAGCGAGUGUUUUUGUUUUCGGCGUGGCGGCUGGUGGUGCCAGCACCACGGAGCUGGAGACUAUUGCCACGGACAAGACCUUUGUGUUGUCAGCACCCAGUGUCCACGCUGUGGCCACUCAGGGGGAACAACUGGUGAAGUACCUUUCUGGGGUGGCGCAGCGUGCCAUUACCUUACACACCGAAGUGACAGAAGCCUUGGCCGUUGGGAGGAGGGACAUCAUUUUCCUUAUAGAUGGGAGCCAGAAUAUGGGUAACACCCUCUUCAACGCCGUCCGUGAAUUUAUCAGAAAGUUUGUCGAAACCUUGCCCAUUGGACCCGAUCAGGUCCAGGUGGGUGUGGCCCAGUUCACCGAUUCCCCCAAGCUGGAGAUGGACCUGAAUACACACAGUACCAAGGAGUCCCUUGUCACGGCAGUGGGGAGGAUGCGUGUGAAGGGGGGCACUCAGGUGGUCAACAUUGGGGCUGCCCUGGAGUUCGUCAGGACCGAGAUGCUGAGGGCUGAUAAAGGGAGCCGCAUUAGCGAGGGGGUGCCCCAGCUGGUGCUGCUCCUCUCGGCCAAGCAGUCCAGCGACAGUGUGGCCCAGCAGGCCUCGGAACUCCACCGCAUGGGUGUCCUGACCAUGGCUGCCGGCGCCAAGAAUGCAAACCAGCAGGAGCUGAAGCAGAUCGCUUUCGACGAGAGCCUGGUCUUUAUAUUGAAGGACUUCCGCCAACUGCUCCGCAACCCAAGCCAAGUCAUCUCUCCCCUCAUCACGCUCUCUGGAGUUAUUGUGACUGAGCAACCGACAGAGCCAAUCAUUGAAAUAACAACAGUGCAGACCCAGCGCAUCAUCCGAGACAUCGUCUUCUUAGUGGAUGGGUCAGCCUACGUUGGAGAGGCCGGUUUCGCUCAUGUGCUCGCCUUCAUCUCCCGCAUUGUGGACCAGCUGGAUGUGCGCCCAGACAGGGUGCGCAUUGCCCUGAUGCAGUUUGCGAGGGACCAGCGCACAGAGUUUUACCUGAACACUUACAACAACAAGCAGGACGUUCUUAAUGCCGUGGCUCGGAUCAGUCCAAUGGGAGGAGAUGCUGUCUUCACAGGUGCAGCGCUAGAGUUUGCGUUGGCCAACCACUUCACCCGUUCAGCUGGGUCCAGGAAAAGGCAGGGGGUCCCACAGGCAGUCGUUCUCAUCACUGGAGGUCCAUCUCAAGAUGAGGUCAAGCGGGUCGCUGAUAAGGUUGCCCUGGAAGGAGUUCUGACCUACACAGUUGGUGCUGAGCAGGCGGACGAAUCACUCUUGAAGACCGUCGCCUUUGUGCCCACCUUGGCCUAUCACGUGAACAGAUUUGACGGCCUGCAGAGUGUUGUUGAACGAAUAAUGACACCCUUAAUCUCAGUGGUCGGGGCAACAAACAUUUCUGACGUGGACAAGCAGAGGGAUGUGGCUUUUCUUAUUGAUGGCUCUGAUGCUGUUGGAAGGGAUUUCCGUUACAUCCAGGAUUUCAUUCUGAACGUUAUCGAACCUCUCGAUGUUGGAAUUGAAAAAGUGCGGAUAGCUGUGGUCCAGCACAGUGAGAACCCGUCACCCAACUUUUACCUGGACACUUACAAAACCAAAGAGGACGUGGUCUCGGCUGUCAGCACCAUGACACUUGCCGGCGGUCGAUCUCUGAACACAGGGGUUGCCCUGCAAUUCAUGAAGGACACGAUCUUCUCCGCGGAACGGGGCAGCAGAGCGGCUCAGCAUGUCCCGCAGUUCCUGAUCGUUCUGACUGCAGGGAGUUCCAGGGACAGUGUGAGAGGGCCCGCUGGAGUCCUGAAGACGGGAGGAGUCUUACCCUUCGGCGUGGGAGUUCGGGAUGCAGAUGUGAGGCAGAUUGAGGCCAUCUCCCACAACCCUUCCUUCUCAUUCACGGUGAGGGAAUUCAACCAGCUGAACACGGUUCAACAGCGACUGGGGAGCUUCGUCACCCUUUCCGACGAGGACAUACAAAGGGUGAUAGAACAAGCAGAGACCCAGGGUCCGAAGAAGGAUGUUGUCUUUCUGGUUGAUGGAUCCGAUGCCACAAGACAACAAUUCACAGUCAUCCAGGAAUUCAUCCGCAGAGUUGUGGAAAAUCUCAACGUUGGAGAGAACAAAAUCCGGAUUGGAGUGGUGCAGUACAGUGAUAGUCCAAGUGGGGAUAUGUUCCUGAACUCUCAUACGACCAAGCAAGGUGUUUUAAAUGCCAUAAAGGGUCUGCAGCACAGAGGGGGUAGGCAGCGUAAUUUGGGGAGGGCUGUAGAGUUUGUCAGCCAGGAGGCCUUACACCCCAGACAAGGAGGCAGAAGACUGGAAGGCGUCCCACAGUUUGUGAUUGUGGUCUCAGGGGGCAAAUCUUCAGAUAAUGUUAUAGGUCCUGCCACAACUUUAAAGCAGUCUGGUGUGGUGCCUUUCAGUAUUGGAACCAGAGAUGUAGGGUCCCAAGAGCUUGAAAUAGUUUCCUAUGUUCCAAACUUUGCUUUCACUAUUGAUGAUUUCCCCGGCCUAUAUACCAUUCAGCAUGGACUCAUCACCACUCUGACGGAGCUGUCAGAUGAAGAAAUUAGGAAUUUAAAACCCCAGUACCCAGCAGUUACUCCGUCUGGUGGAGACAAGAGGGACGUGGUCUUCCUUAUUGACGGAUCCACUGCUGUGCGUGGUGAAUUCAGCAACAUCCGGGAUAUGAUCGGGAGAGUUGUGGACCGGCUAGAUGUAGGCCUGGACAGGGUGAGGAUCUCUGUAGUCCAAUACAGUGAAGAGCCCAAGGUGGAGUUUCUCCUUAAUGAGCAUUCCACUCCGGAGGAAGUGCGUGGUGCAGUGCGGAAGAUAAGGAACAGGGGAGGAAACCAAUUGAACACAGGCCGAGCUUUGGACUGGGUGUCCAAAAACAUCUACCAGAGGUCAGCUGGCAGCAGGGUUGAAGAGGGGAUCCCGCAGUUCCUUGUACUGGUCACCGGGGGCAAGUCCUCAGACAACGUCUACGGGCCAGCCAAUCAGUUGAAGUCAAGCCGGGUUGUUGCUCCUUUUGCCAUUGGAGGGAGGAACGCCGACCAAAAUGAGCUGCGGGCUAUAUCUCUGAAACCUGAAUAUGCCUACACAGUUACCGAUUUUCAAGAACUCCCCAGUGUUGAGCGGCAAAUGUUAGCAUCAGUGAAAACCUUGACAACAAAAGAUAUAACUGAUACUGUACUGGACGUAGCUAAUGUCUUCCUUGGAAAAAAGGACAUUGUAUUCCUGAUUGACGGGUCAGACACUGUGGGCUCCAGUGGUAUCGCCCACAUCCGGGACUUCAUCCUGAAAGUGCUCCAGCAACUGGACAUUCGUCCUGACCAGGUCCGUAUUGGCAUCGUUCAGUACAGUGACAGGCAGAAGACGGAGUUCUCUCUCAACUCCCUUGACAACAAGGCUGCUGUUCUGUCGGCAGUGAAGAGGCUCCGCCUUUUGGGUGGGCGGUCCGCUGAUCUGGCCGAAGGCAUCGAUUAUGUGCUACAAAACGAGCUCAAGCCUUCAGCCGGUGUUCGGCCGUACGAGGCCUCCCAGCACUUGGUGGUGCUUACCGGGGGGAGGUCCCCAUCGGAUGUCUCUGGCUAUGGCGAAAAGCUCAAGAAUCAGCGGAUCGGUUGCAUAGGGGUCGGUGCUGGUGCGGCUGACUCCAGGCAGCUCACUCAGAUCGCCACCACCUCGGCGGACGUCCUCCAGGUUGCCAACUUCCCCGGGCUGCCCAACGUCCAGGACAGGUUCAUUGCCAGACUCAGUGGCACUUUACCGGAAGUGCUACCCGAUCCCAAUCCCGAUAUCGAAAUCGACCCAGGUUUAAGUCCUAAAGUAGCCGACAUUGUAUUUUUGGUGGAUGGUUCAAUAAACCUUGGCAAGGAGAAUUUCAAAGAAGUCAUGGAGUUCAUUAUGAACCUUGUCGACCUCUUUUUCACGGAGAGGGACAACCUGCAGAUUGGUCUGGCUCAUUACGCUGCAGAUGUGACUGACGUGUUCUACCUUAACACGUACAAGAACAAGGAUGACAUCCUGGAAGCCGUCACCGGGACAGAGUACAAAGGAGGCCGUAGGCUCAACACCGGCGCUGCCAUAAAAUACGUUCAGGACAAUUAUUUUGUCAAAUCAAGGGGGAGCAGGAAAGAUGAGGGCGUCCCCCAGAUCCUGAUGCUCAUUAAUGGCGGGAGGUCUCAUGACGAUGGGAAGACUGCCGCACUUGGUCUCAAAAAUGCUGGUGUUCGGAUCUAUGCCGUCGGGGUGGGCGACAUUGAGGAUGAGCUCACCGGCCUGGGGAGUGAGGCAACCACUGUGCACAGAGCUAGAACUUUCCUGGAGCUCUCCGAACUGAACGAGCAGAUCUUGCAGACUCUGGACGAUGAUGUGAAGGGCCAGAAACACUGCACAGGGGAGGUGGAACCCACAAGGGUCUGUAAGGUGGAGGUACUGGUGGGCUUUGACGUGUCCGCACAGAAUAUCUUUGCUGCCCAAAGGUCUCUGGAAUCCAAAAUGGGGGCCAUCCUCCAGAGGAUUAUGCAGAUGCAGGCCAUCAGCUGCACUGCUGGCCAGGCUCCCUCUGUACAGGUCGGCAUGCUGGCCAUGGACUCCGCAUCCGAACCGGUCCUGUUGGACUUCACAGGAGACUACACCCAGCUUUUUGAUUCCUUCAGGGCCCUCCACAACCGUGGCCCUUACGUCCUCAACGCCAAGACCAUUAAAGCCUACACCGACCAGUUCCGCAACCGAGCCUCGGACGUUGUUAAAGUUGUGAUACACCUGACCGAUGGGCUGGAUGGACAGUAUGCACAGAUGAAGGAGGGUGUUGAGGCUCUCCGUGUGUCAGGUGUGAACAGUUUUAUCUUGGUUGGCCUGGAGAGAGUUCAGCGGUUUGAAGAUGCCGUGCUGCUGGAGUUCGGGCGUGGCUUUAGAUAUACCAAGCCUCUACGUGUCAACCUGCUGGACCUGGACUACGAGCUGAUGGAGGAGCUGGACAACAUUGCAGAAAGAGAAUGCUGCUCGGUGCCGUGCAAGUGUACUGGACAGAGGGGGGAUCGAGGAUCUGUAGGAGCUCCCGGAAUCAAGGGUGGACCAGGAGGGCCGGGCUACAGCGGACAUCCCGGAGAUGAAGGCGGCCCUGGUGAGAGAGGUCCCCCAGGUGUGAACGGAACUCAGGGCUUCCAGGGCUGUCCAGGGCAGAGGGGCGUGAAGGGCUCUCGAGGAUACUCCGGAGAAAAGGGAGAAUUUGGGGAAAUCGGUCUGGAUGGAAUCAAUGGAGAGGAGGGAACACGUGGAGUGGCAGGACCUCCAGGAGACAGAGGAAACCCAGGAGGGAGGGGUCCUAAAGGGGCUAAAGGCCAGGCUGGAGAUCAAGGCGAGCUGGGCCUGAGGGGAGACCCGGGUGUGACUGGAAAAGACAACAAGAAGAAAGGACCAAAGGGUGACCCAGGCGAUGUCGGACCACUGGGCGAAGCAGGCACAGAUGGAGUGCAAGGGGGCCCUGGUGAGCCAGGCAGGAGGGGUGGUGAUGGGAGGAGAGGUCCCCCUGGACCAAACGGACCUGCUGGGAAACCAGGAGCUGAUGGUGUUGGGGGAGAGCCAGGCAUUGGAGGGUCUCGGGGCCCUCCUGGACCAAAUGGAACUCCAGGAACCAGAGGGGAGGAUGGGAACCCUGGACCCAGGGGUGCUGGAGGAACUCAAGGAACUCCCGGAGAAAAGGGCAGAAGAGGAUCUCUUGGCCGCAAGGGUGAACCAGGAGAUUCAGGAACAAAGGGUGGGGUCGGACCCCCGGGACCCCGUGGAGAGCCUGGCGAUGACGGCAGAGAUGGCUUUGGAAUCCCUGGACCCAAAGGAAGAAGGGGUGACGAAGGAUUCCCAGGCUUCCCUGGACCUAAGGGCGCGGCGGGUAGCCCAGGCACUGAGGGAGGCCCAGGGCCAAGAGGAAACCGAGGACAGCGGGGUGUUGCUGGUGAUCCUGGUACUCCUGGUCAGAAAGGGGAUGUUGGAUACCCUGGACCUUAUGGCCUGAAAGGACCGAGAGGACCUGGUGUGGUGCAAUGUGAUUUGGUGAAGAAGAUCAGAGAUAAUUGCCCUUGCUGCUAUGUUCUCUCUCCCUCCUCUCUCGAUCUCGUCAACAACACAAUCCUGGGUCAGGUCAUUACUCUCCCCGCACCUACCCACACCCAGUAUAACACAACCAUCGACAAGAUCAUGAGUUGCCAUGUCUGCCUGGACUUCUGCGCGCCCAACCAGGUCUGCGACUACAUCCCCCCUCAAUCGACGAGAGACAGGCGGUCCUUCACCACCGACGUGGACAUCGACGUGGCCUUCGUGAUGGACAGCUCUCAAAGCACCUGGCCCAUGGUCUUCAUGGAGAUGAAGCGCUACAUCGCCCACGUCAUCGACCAGCUUGUGAUCGCAUCCGACCCCAAGAACUCGGUCCACCACGCUCGCGUGGCAGUCAUCCAGCACGCCCCCUAUGAGUUUGCGACCAACGGCAGUGGGGCCCCUGUGCGGGUGGACAUUGACCUGACCGACCACAGCUCCAAGGAGGACAUCAGGAGCUUCCUGCAGGACAAGGUGACCCAGCUGGAGGGCUCUCUGUCGCUGGACGCCAUAGAGUACACCAUCGAGCACGUGUUCGAGAAGGCCCCGCACCCACGCAACCUGAAGCUCAUCGUGCUGAUGGUGACGGGUCCCGUCUGGGAGCAGGACGAGGAGCAACUGGUGCGCCUGGCCACUGAAGCCAAGUGCAAGGGCUACUUCCUGGUGAUCCUGGGCGUGGGAGAGCGCCUGAGCGUGACCGACGCCCGCAUCCUUGUGCGCAUGGCCAGCGAGCCCGCCAGCGUCUUCUUCAAGAAGAUCGACGGAGCCGGCCAGUUCUACGACCCGCACAUCCAGCGCUUCGGACUCCUCCUGCCCAAAUACAUCAGCAUGGAGCACGCCUUUUAUAUGUCUCCGGAGGUGUCCAAGAACUGUCAGUGGUACCAGAGUGACCAGCCCUGGCAAUUUCCCUUCAAGCAUUCUCAAAAGCUAGAGAAGCAUGAGAAACACCACGUGAACCAGGUUGCGCACCCAGCCAAGAGCAAAGAAGUGGUGACGGAGGAGGAGCUGCACGUGGCCAACGUGACGUCCAGCAGCAUGAGGCUCCACUGGGCCACCUCGGACAGCAAGGGCACGGGCCACCACCAGGUGACGGUGACGCGGCUGAGCGACCACGCCCUGGCCCUGCAGAAGAACGUGACGGGCACCGAGCUGCUCCUGGAGGGCCUGGAGAGCGCGCAGAAGUACCACGUGGUGGUCGCCACCCACGCCCACGGCAAGCCCGUGCGCACACACAAGGGCAUCGUCAGCACCAAAGCAGCGGAGAAAAAGACAGAGACUCCAGCCCAAGUGACCGCUGCUCUGCCCACUGCUCCCCUGGACAAUCCAGAGCUCGUUAAUGAGAAUGCAGACCCGUGCGCACUUGAUUUUGACUUCGGAAUGCCAUGCAAAGACUAUAAGGCUAAGUGGUUCUUUGACAAAAACAACGGGAUCUGUAGCCAGUUCUGGUAUGGUGGUUGUGGAGGGAAUGCCAAUAGAUUCGAGACUGAGGCCCAGUGCAUGAGACGCUGCUUGAAAACAUCACCAGAGGCUAGCGUGCAGCAGGAACAGACCUCAGACAUACCUGCCCCAGCUGCCCUUGUUGGGACAAACAUCUGUGAGCUCCCCAAGGUAGAGGGUUCAUGCGCAAAGUUUGUCCUGAAGUGGCACUACGAGUCCUCCACCAAGGCCUGUACCCGCUUCUGGUACGGAGGCUGCGGGGGCAACCAGAACCGCUUUGACACCCAGGAGGAGUGCCAGAAGGCCUGUGGAAAAGCAGCACCUGGCAAGCCAGGGAUCAUGGCAGCAAUGAGAACAUAGGAGAACAUUGGUGAAGAAAAUCAACUUUUACCUCCAUGGUGAUCAACUUAAAAUAACCAAAACAGAAGCCACAACAAAGAAACAAUGACUGCACUGAUCCUGCAAAGGAUUCACAUGCAAAGAAAGCCUUGAAGUAGUCAUUUUCUUUUUUUCUGUCACGAUAAACAAAUGAACCCAAAAAGUGAAGAGGCUAAAUAAAGUGCUGCAUGAUUUUCGUACUGGUGCUAUAAGUGUAAACCAAUGGAGUUGCUGAACUUGUCCAGUUUGUAUUUUAAAGGUUCUGGAACAUGUACACAAACUGUUUUCAAACAUUAGGUGCAUUUUUAUAAUUUAAAACAAAAACCUGUAUGAAUAUCUUGGUCAGAGAAUUUUUUAUAAAUCUUUUCUUUUUAACUGGUAUUACGCAUUAAACAAAAUAACUGUUCUUUAUUAGCAAAACACAAAUUUUCCGACAGAUACUUUGUUAUAGUAUUUUCUAAGAUUCAUCCUGAGCCACUUGGCUAUGCUUUAGGAUUUCACUUUUAACAAUAAAGAUUUACAUGGUAUAGA